UUCAUCAAACGUACAAGAUGCGUUUUUAGACAACACGCACUGGAGUAGUGAUAGGCGCGCUCUAGAUUAUUGAUCAAAACAUGGAAUCAUGGAAUGUCGUGAGUGCUAAAGGAAAUGCAGCGGAUGCGUUUGCUCUUUUUUUAAUAUAAUUUCGUGCGAUACGCGACGUUUUUUUCAUGAAAAUCUUUAGAUUUAAUCGAGGAUUAAUUAUUUUUGGCUUCGCCUAACCUAUACGAGUGUACAAACUUGGAAGUUGAGACUGAAAAAUUUAGGUAUUCCAAGCUAUUAUGGCUGUUGUUGGUGACUCCGUUUCUCUGGAAAGAGAUAUCAAAAGAUCCAUUGAACUCUUAGAUAAGUUACAAAAAAGUGGAGAGUUUCCAGUAUCAAAGUUUGUGGCUUUGCAAAAAGUCUUGCAGAGUGACUUUUUACAUGCGGUACGAGAGAUUUAUGAACACAUAUAUGAGUCUGUUGAUAUUCAGGGAUCACAAGAUGUAAAAGCAUCAGCCACUGCCAAAGCUACAGUUGCAGCUUUUGCUGCCAGUGAAGGUCAUGCACAUCCCAGAGUUGUUGAGCUGCCCAAAACUGAUGAAGGACUAGGAUUUAAUGUUAUGGGGGGUAAAGAACAAAACUCACCUAUUUAUAUCUCUAGAAUUAUUCCUGGAGGAGUAGCUGAUAGACAUGGAGGACUGAAACGUGGUGAUCAAUUAUUGUCUGUUAAUGGAGUGUGUGUAGAAGGUGAGAAUCAUGAAAAGGCUGUGGAGCUACUGAAGCAAGCUCAGCAUUCUGUUAAACUUGUUGUUCGUUAUACACCACGAGUCUUAGAAGAAAUGGAAAUGCGCUUUGAUAAGCAAAGAUCCUCUCGCAGACGUCAACAGUUACACUAAAUUAUCUUAUUGCAGUUGUCAAUGUUAUAUUACUAUAACUGUUACCACAAUCAAUACAAAGAAACACUUUUAACAUUUGUGAUUGCAAGAUACAAGAAGUUUAUGUAGAUCUAAUCUUACAGGGUCUAUGUAAAGUACCUGCAUUUACAUAAAUGAAAUAGUAUUCUAGGAUAUUUUGGCAUAAUAUUUAAUGGAAUAUUGAUCCAUCACAUAUACUUAUUUUAACAAGUUUUAAUAAGCUUAGUGAUUCUAUCUUCAUCCAUUUAUUGCUAACAAGCAUCCAUCAACUAAUCAUUCAAAUAAUUAUCAUAGAUUAUUUACUUACAAAACAUUUCUCUAUGGUUAAUUUGGUCAAAAUCAAAAUAACGUACUUGAUCUGAUAAAAUUUUGUGAUUACAUUAUAAAAUACUUAAUGUUAUCACAAAUGUACAUCAUUUAAACUUAGUAGCUUGAGCAGCUACUAUAUAUUUAGAUAAUAUGUUCUUCUACAUUAGAAAAUUAUGUGAAAUUAUAUUUUAAAUUGGAAAAAAUAAAGUGAUUGAA